GUUUAUUUAUUUUUAUUUAUUUAUUUUCCCCCCUGCACACUCAGGCCUGGUGAUGACUGGAAGAAGAAUUUAAAACUUCCUCCAAAAGACAUGAGAAUGAGGACUUCGGAUGUGACCGCAACCAAGGGCAACGAGUUUGAGGAUUACUGCCUGAAACGCGAGCUGCUGAUGGGCAUCUUCGAGAUGGGCUGGGAGAAGCCGUCACCCAUCCAGGAGGAGAGCAUUCCCAUCGCACUGUCCGGGAGGGAUAUUCUGGCCCGGGCGAAGAACGGGACUGGCAAGAGCGGCGCCUACCUCAUACCCUUACUUGAACGCAUCGACCUGAAGAAGGACUAUAUACAAGCUCUGGUCAUCGUGCCCACCAGGGAACUGGCUCUCCAGGUGAGCCAGAUCUGCAUCCAGGUCAGCAAACACAUGGGCGGGGUCAAAGUCAUGGCGACCACGGGGGGCACCAACCUCCGCGAUGACAUCAUGAGGCUCGACGAGACGGUGCACGUAAUAAUUGCCACCCCUGGGAGGAUUUUGGACCUCAUCAAAAAGGGCGUGGCCAAAGUGAACCACAUUCAGAUGAUUGUAUUGGAUGAGGCAGACAAGCUGCUGUCCCAGGACUUUGUGCAGAUGAUGGAGGAGACGUUGAGCACCAUGCCCAAAUACAGGCAGAUCCUCCUCUACUCGGCCACCUUCCCCCUCAGCGUGCAGAAGUUCAUGAACGCCCAUCUGCAGAAACCCUACGAGAUUAACCUGAUGGAGGAGCUCACUCUGAAGGGGGUGACCCAGUAUUACGCCUACGUGACCGAGAGACAGAAGGUCCACUGCCUUAACACGCUCUUCUCCCGGCUCCAGAUUAACCAGUCCAUAAUCUUCUGCAACUCGUCCCAACGCGUGGAGCUGCUGGCCAAGAAGAUCUCCCAGCUGGGCUACUCCUGCUUCUACAUCCACGCCAAGAUGCGACAGGAGCAUCGUAACCGCGUGUUCCACGACUUCAGAAACGGCCUCUGCAGGAACCUCGUCAGCACCGACCUCUUCACCAGAGGCAUCGACAUACAAGCUGUGAACGUGGUGAUCAACUUCGACUUCCCCAGGCUGGCCGAGACGUACCUCCACCGCAUCGGCCGAUCAGGACGUUUCGGUCACCUGGGCCUGGCCAUCAACCUGAUCACCUACGACGACCGCUUCAACCUGAAGGGCAUCGAGGAGCAGCUGGGCACCGAGAUCAAGCCCAUCCCCGGCAGCAUCGACAAGAGCCUGUACGUGGCCGAGUACCACAGCGAGAGCGGGGAGGAGGCCAAGCUGUGAGCGCGCCCGCAGGUCAUCAGUCAGAAUAUUCCCGUCCCCUCCUCCCUGUAUGUUCAGUGUCUCCCCCCCCGUCCCACCUCACCUUUCAUGUCUGGAAGACUUUAUUUUUGAAAUGUGUACUUUUCAUCUGUUACUCCCCACCUACCUUUGGAGUGUGUGUGUGUGUGUGUGUGUGUUUGUCUGUGUGUGUGUGUAUGCGUGCUCGUGCGUUUGUAUGUCUGCAUGUGCGUGUGUGAGCAGGACGUAGUGCGAGACCACAGCUCUUGUGAGUCCACGUGAAAAUAGGUGGACACUGCUGCACUACCAUCUCCACAGGAUAUAGACACUCACGGGGGCGGGGCUGACUUGGGAGAGAACACACCCCCACGUCUUGCUGCCCCACCCAUUCCCCCUCCCCCUUCAUUUGCACCUACCUGUCCCCAGUGAGCCACCCUUCCGCCCCCCCCCUCGCUUCCCCUCCUCUUACCCUCUUCUCUGUGGAUUUCAUUUAAGGCUUUUUGCUAUUUGUAUCAAGUGCCUUAAGAAGCAGUUGACCUUGUUCAAAGUAAUAACUCUCUUUUAGUUUCAUCUGAUCUGUCCCAUUCACAUCACUGGUUUCCAGGAAUCAGUUUUUUUUUUUUUGCCCCCCACCCCCUUUGCUCCACCCGUCAUUUAAAAAGACAUAGGUCCACGUAUAGGUUUGUGUAAGAGAGAAGUACCAGAGGUGUUGAAAUGGUAGCACACACACAAACCAGCACGGAUGGGCCUGGCUGGUGCGCAGCAACGCUCCAGCUCCGAAGUCAGCAAAGACUUGCGUCGCUCGCCCCCGGUUUCGGAAGCGACUGGACGCCCUUUUUCCUCUUCCUGUCCCGUCAAGGAGCGCUCGCUUUUAAAGGACGCAGACUCUCACCUCCUCUCAUCGAAACGCGAAGAAGAAACUUCAACAGAACUUUUGGGAGCUGUGUCUCUCCGACUCAGAGGAAACAUUUGGAGGAGAGGAGGGGGGGAGAUCAGUAUUUUGUCCCCUUUGUCAUCUUAUUUUAAUUUUUUAUUUUCAAUCACCACCCCUGUCUGUCCUACGUGUGCCGUAGACUGCUGUUAUUUGGCACGAUGUAAACUUUGUACAUACUUUGUUUCAUUUUUAAAGAUUCUUUUAAACAAGCGUCAGGAGGCUGGUUAUCGUAAUGACAGUGAUGUGUUCUGGCAGCCCCUGGGAGGGUUAAGAUUCUAGUCAACACUGUGGAGGGAAUGUAGCAAAAUUUUCAAUUUUGCGAUCAUGAUAUUUUUAGUUUGUUUCCACCCCAGUGAAAACUGAAAGCUUUGGCAGUAUUCCACUUUGAAUACUGCACUUUAAGUCCAAGUGCAGUUUAAUGGACUCUCUUAUUUAUUACUGAUGGAAAAACAAUGGACUGGAUUAAGGUUUGCCCGUAGCUCAUAAAACCGCGAUGCUAAUAUAGCGGGGGGAAAACUCGCGCUAUUGGUGCCACUGAAAGAGUUUGGUUUCUUUAGAAAUUUGAUGAGCGCAUUUAUCGUGGAACCUGUAACCCCCCCCUCUUUCUCAUAACCAGUGUUCGCUCGACGUCUUAACCCUCAGAGGUGGCUGUCAAGUGAAGCCUAAUUAUAUAUGUAAACUGCGAGGACGAGAAUUUUCUUUGAAUUAUCCAGCCUUUGCUUGUGUGUCUGACUUGCGAGGCGCGGGCCAGUAUCUCCGC